AGUAUUCAAACGUAUGGAUGAAAAACAUGUCAAUCAUCAACCAUCCAAUGCCGUCACUUGUAAGUCGAAGGUCAACAGUGAAGCAGCAUGGCCGCUGUGUUAAGGGGCUCGCGUUGCCUAGUGGGAAAGUGCUAUAACCAUGUCAACGCGCUGCAGGUCUCCAUCAGGUCAAUGGCCUCUAAAACCCAGGUGGGCUUCAUUGGCCUGGGGAACAUGGGAAACCCAAUGGCAAAGAACCUCAUAAAACAUGGAUAUCCAGUGAUAGCCUCAGAUAUAUUUCCAGAGUCCUGCAAAGAGCUACAGGAUCUUGGGGCCCAGAUUCUGGACAACCCUGCAGAUGUGGCAGACAAGGCAGAUCGCAUCAUCACAAUGCUUCCUUCUAGUCCCAAUGUUAUAGAUGUGUAUACAGGCCCAAAUGGCAUUCUAAAAAAAGUGAAGAAAGGAUCUCUACUCAUUGAUUCCAGCACCAUUGAUCCAGCUGUAUCAAAGGAGAUGGCAGUUGCUGCCGAGAAAACGGGAGCAGUUUUCAUGGAUGCCCCUGUGUCUGGAGGUGUCGGUGCCGCCACUUCGGGCAAGCUCACUUUUAUGGUGGGUGGGCCUGAGGAGGAGUUCACCGCGACCAAGGAGCUUCUGAGCUGUAUGGGGGCUAACGUCGUGUACUGUGGCCAGGUCGGCACAGGGCAGGCAGCUAAAAUAUGCAACAACAUGCUGCUGGCCAUUGGGAUGAUUGGAACAGCAGAGACCAUGAACUUGGGAAUCAGAUUAGGGCUUGACCCAAAACUUCUAGCCAAGAUCUUGAAUAUGAGCUCUGGCCGCUGUUGGUCAAGUGAUACAUACAACCCUGUCCCGGGUGUGAUGGAGGGAGUGCCCUCGGCAAACAACUACCAGGGCGGUUUUGGAACGACACUAAUGGCUAAGGAUCUUGGACUUGCACAGAAUACAGCAACCAACACAAAGACACCAGUGCCACUGGGCUCUCUGGCCCAUCAGAUUUACCGUAUAAUGUGUGCACGUGGCUAUGCCAGCAAAGACUUCUCCUCUGUCUUCCAGUUCCUACGUGAGGAAGAGGGACAGUAGAAAGCAUCAUUCUUCGCCCCUUACACAGCCUCACACAGCUACGCCAAUCUUGCACACAACCUGUCUUUUAAAACUUUGACCAGUAUGAUGUGUUGCGAGAAAUGUAUGUGUCAUUUAUUUGGAUAAAGUGUGUGUGUGUGAGGAAGCGUGUGUUUAGGGUUUAUUCGACAGGCCACAAUAUACAUUGUUGGAAUAAUGUUACACGUGUAGUAAACCAUCGGUCGACUUAUUAUUAGAUGCUGUGAAUUUUGAGGAGUUUUUUAGGACUGUUAUUGCCUUAGUGGCUAAGACUAAC